AUGAGCUCUACGUUCAAGGCAUUUAUGCCGCCCUAUCAACUCGGGGCACGGCUUGGUCAUAAAACCAAUUUGGGCGUCAUUCUUGUCACUUCCACCUUGGUUAAUUUCCUCGACCUUUUCCAGCUCUCGUCAAUUCUCUUUGGAUUGCCUGAAAUCGAAAAAGCUCUCGAUUUUGGUGUAGAUGAGAUAAAUUGGGUGCUCGUGGCUUACAAUAUUACGUUCGCUUCAUUUUUGCUCAUUGCGGGACAGCUUGGUCAGCGACUCGGCUUGGAGAAGAUUUUCAUGACAGGGACCGCAAUAUUGACUAUAUCAAAUAUUAUAAACACUGCUGCACCUAACAAAUCGGCGUUGAUUGUUGGCCGGGCCAUUUCAGGAAUCGGUGCUGCUCUGACUUCCAUUGACCUCGCUAUACAGGCUCCAAAUGGACUCGCGAUAAUUAGCAGAACAUUUGCCGACGGCAAGGGGCGUAGCCAAGCCUUAGCACUAUAUACUGCUUGUGCACCACUUGGAUCAGUCAUUGGAACUGUUGUUGGAGCCCUCCUUGCCGCAUCCUCGGCCGGCUGGCGUUCCGUGUUUUGGGUCUGCUUGAUCCUCUCGGCUCUGGCGCUCAUUGUAGCGGCACUCUUUCUCCCGGCCUUCUCAUGUGAGAACGAGCUCUCUGUCGACUAUAUCGGCGUUGGAAUCUUCACGGCUGGGAUUGCAUUACUAGUGUACGGUCUCAAUGACAGUUCUCGAAGCGGAUGGCGAUCUGCACAGGUCAUUGUUGGACUUGUCUUGGGCGGAUGCCUCCUUUUGCUCUUUUUAUGGAUCGAGACACGCGUAGCAAAUCCGACAGUGCCGCGUUAUCUUUGGAAAUCUGGCUCGUUUUUCCUCAUGCUUUUGGUCAUUUUUGCAUUUGGCGGUAGCUUUAGCGCCUGGUUCUUCAUCUCUACGCAGUUGUGUGUAAACCUGCUGCGUUACACUUCCAUUUUGACUGCCGUAUAUUUCUUGCCCGGGGCAUUCUCAGCCAUAAUGACCGGUGGAUCAUCGGAACCUCUCGUGAGACUUAUCGGCGAGAAGCUCACCAUGAUGGUGGGAUUGGCCAUAACGGGUGCAGGCGCGGUGGCUUGGGUAUAUGCCACGCCUGAGCGAGCCGCCGGCACGGGUCAUCAUGGAGGAUACUGGUACGCGAUUGUGGCAGCCAUUAUUUUUGUCUGUGCCAGCCCCGUGUCGAUGGUGCCCGCCCAAAGUGUCAUGCUGCGCCCUGUUCGAGAGGGAGAUUAUGCUGUGGCCAGUGCUUUAUUCAACGCUGCAUACCAAGUUGGUGCCAGUGUUCUGUUGGCGGGCGCAAAUACUAUCAUGGGCAGCGAAACAACCCAAGUCAAAGGUCCGAACGGCAUGCCGAUCGAAAUGAUCGAUAUGGACGGCUACCAGGGCGCUUUUUGGCUACUUGCCGGAGUCUUGUUUGCUGCGACGGCCAUUGUCGGUGUUUCGUAUUGGCCAAAGUCUGAGAAGAAGAGUGAGCAAGAAUCAUUGGAGGAGGCAAUUCCAGAGACAAUCCAGCCAGACGAAAAAGGAUCCGUGCCGCCGAACCAUCAGUCCGAGCGCGACGUAGCUAUUCCAUGA